AAAAUGAUUUCAUAUAUUAUUGCUAAAAAAUUCCUAAUUAAAUUUCAUGCACCGAUUAAAUCGUAUCAACUCGGCAAGGCACCUCCUUGCAUUUUCCACCGCCACCGCCACCGCCGCCAAUCCUCUCCGCCUCAAUCCGCCACUCAAGCCUCUAGCCUUCAUACACUCCUCCCGCCGCCGUGUGAUGGAUCCUCCAUCUCCUGCGGCGACUGACGGAAUCGAUGAUUUUGCGGAGUUAGGUGAAGGGGAUAAGAAUCCCGUCGAAAAUGAGGGUGGAAGUAAUGACAACAAUUAUUCUUAUGAGAGGAAAAUCCUGCCGCCGGAGCUUUCGAGAAGUGUGGUGACACUUAAUUGCGAGUCGACUGCGGAGGGAGGCUUGUGUGAUGUUUAUUUGAUCGGAACUGCCCACGUUUCUACGGAAUCUUGCCAAGAAGUUCAAGCUGUGAUUGAAUUCUUGAAACCACAGGUUGUUUUCUUGGAGUUAUGUUCUAGUCGUGUUGCUGUUCUUGCGCCACAAGAUCUGAAGGUACCAACAAUGAAAGAAAUGGUGGAUAUGUGGAAGAAAAAUCAAAAUCUUUUUGGGAUACUUUACAGCUGGUUUCUUGCUAAGGUUGCUAGUCAUCUUGAAGUUCUGCCAGGAGCAGAGUUUCGUGUGGCAUAUGAAGAAGCAAUGAAGUACGGGGGCAAGGUUAUACUUGGUGAUCGAAAUGUCCAAGUUACAUUGCGGAGAACAUGGGCAAAGAUGCCUCUUUGGCACAAGACAAAAUUAUUAUACUCCUUAACGUUUCAAGCAGUUUUCUUGCCAAGUCCUGAAGAUCUCAGUAAAAUGCUGAAGGAAAUGGAUGAUGUUGACAUGCUAACUCUUGUAAUUCAAGAAAUGAGCAAGCAUUUUCCAACUCUCAUGGAAACCCUUGUGCAUGAGCGCGACCAAUACAUGUCCGCCACAUUAUUAAGAACUGCCAGUCAGCAUAACUCAGUGGUGGCUGUCGUGGGGAAAGGACACCUGGCAGGAAUCCAGAAGAACUGGAAACAACCUGUUGAUAUGAAGCAACUUACUACAUUACCUGCAAAAAACAAAAGUAUCGGAGUGGGCAAGAUACUAGGUACAAUUGGGAUUACAGUUGCAGGGGUUGCCAUCGUAUCUGGAAUUUACAUGUCCGUCAAGAAAUAGUGUGUGUUCUUCCCCUCCCAAAGAAAAAAAGAAAGAGAUGAAAGUUGUUUAUCGACACAAGAAUUUCCGAAGUAUAUGAGACAGUCUUUUUUCGGUGGAAUCUGAUCUCUGCAUAAUAUCUUCUUUAAUGCCGAAAACAUUUAUUUCCCAAGUUAAUGAUCAGGUGAGGUGUGUUGACUUUAGAUACCUCUUCAAUUAAAUAGGACUAUAUACAUGUAUGUUAUGAUGUUGGGAAAUAGAUUAUGAAUCCUCACAGAGUUUUUUAGCUGCAUAUUUUGAUAUUUUCUAAAUAUUCAUUCUGAUUUCGAGAGGCUUUGAAA